AUGACGUCUUCAAAACGUAAUCUGGAAAAUAGCCAAGUAGUACUAUUUGAGAAGACACUCUUGAACAAGGGCAACGCAUACAAUAAAAAGAGUGGGAAGUUCACAGCACUUAUUGACGGAAUAUACCAUUUUGACUGGACAACAUUGGCAAGGAAUAAAAAAUAUUUCAUUACUGAGUUAGUAAGAGAAGUAAAUGGACUGUCAAUAUUACCAGACAGAACCAAUGACGAAAAGGACAAAACAACAGGUUCUACAAAACGCGUGGAUAUUCUUCAACAACUGUUAAACCAAGAAACUAUCAUUAGAAUGUCUUUAGAGAAAAGUGUUCGAGACCUCAUUGAAGAAGUUGUUGAUAUGACGAAAAAUUUGAAAACUUUAGAAUCCAUUACGGAAAACCUACAGAAGGACAUGAAAAGAAUUAAAAUAGAAAAUCAAAGGUUAAAACGGGAAACUUUAAACCAGUUGACAAAAAAUGUCACACAUAUUGAAGAGAGCAUUACUGAACUACUUGCAGAAAAUGAUAACCAAAUCUAUGAAAGAGUGAAUCGUUCACUGGAAAUAUUGAAAAAGGACAUGCUUUUCCGACAAGAAAAGCUCUCAAAAAAUGUUUCCAACUUCGAAAUGAUUCAUAGUACUACGCAAGGCUCAAAACAACUCAAAUCAACUGUGGCGUUUCAUGCGAAGAUGACGUCUUCAAAAUAUAAUCUGGGAAGUAACCAAGUAGUACUAUUUGAGGAGAUACUUUUGAACAAGGGCAACGCAUACAAUACAAAGAGUGGCAAGUUCACAGCACCUAUUGACGGAAUAUACCAUUUUGACUGGACUACACUUGCAGGAGUUAGUAAAAGAUUUAUCACGUUGUUAGUAAGAGAAGGCUCAACUAUGGGUGUCAACUAUUGUGCAGAUAUUACGAACAAUCAAGAGCAUGGUCAGUGUUCAUCUUCAGCAAUCGUGCAAAUGAAGGCCAAUCAGACGGUCUGGAUUCAAACUUAUUCCACCAACGGAAAAGCAGUCAUUGGUGAUUGGUGUUAUUUCUCAGGGCAUAUUUUGUUCUGA